CAGACUCUCGGGCGCUCGAAAUCUUACAAAUAUGUACAGAAAAUCCGCUCUCUCUCUCUCUCUCUCUCUCUCUCUCUCCCCCUCGCUGGCUACAACUGCAAGAAUGCCGACAACACUCAGCACAAGAGAUGGUUUGGAUUUUCUCCAAUAGGUCUUCUUCCCCAUUUGGCUUCUUCAACGAGCCAAACCCAUCAAAAUCCUCAGCCAACAGCCUCGUCGCCCACCUCGUCGAACCCGCGACUGCUACAGUACCACGCCAGCCCUGGCGUGCUACUGUAGUCUCGCCUCGCCUCGCCUCGCCUCGCCCCGUCUCUCUCUCUUUCUCUCUCACUGCUUUGGCUCCGGCGUUGUCGCCGUCGGCAAGCUGUGGGGUCAGAUUCCGGUGGGUUUGAUUCUGCCAUCGUUGGCUCUGGAUUUCAGGCGACUUCAACAGCGAUGACGACUUCGUUUCCAGCGAUGUCGCUCAGGCAUUUUUGAAUUCGACGGCGACAGAGUCUUAGGCGAUUUCAAGCGGAUGUCCUGACACAAAAUUCCUAAGAGGUCUGUGAAACUGGACCAAGCAGAGGUUACAUCUUGGUGUAAACUGUAAAGUCAAGGCAAACAAGACAUUCAAAUUUGCACAGAAAGAGUGCUGAAAGGCCAAAGGGGUCCGUAUGGUAGAGUAUAGUGAAGAGAAGGAUUAUUCUAGGACCAUGAACAAUCAUCAAGAAAUGACUAGAGUAAUGGAGAAAGAACAGUUUCAGCCAUUACCAGUCAAGGGUAAAAUUGCAGGUGAUAAGAUUCAAUUGCAAUGCGAUGCUGUUACUUACAGUAAGAUAGCAACAGCUUAUGUACGAAAUGGAGAGAUGGUUCGGGCCGAAGCUAUGAUUUUAGAGAUGCACAACCAUAAUGUGCAGCCCAGUCAACAAACUUGUGCCACUAUUGUAGCGGGUUAUGUCAGACAAGGUAAACUAAAGGAUGCUUUGAGGUUUGUAUACAGGAUGAAGGAGCUCGAAGUGCGUCCUAAUCUCCCUGUUUUCAAUGCACUGAUCAAAGGAUUUCUAGACGUAGGUGAUACAAAUAGGAUUGAUGAGGUUCUGACAUUGAUGGAAGAAUUUAGAGUCAAACCAGAUGUGAUUACUUUUAGCAACGUUAUGAAUGCCUGGAGUGAUGCAGGAUUUGGGGACAAGUCCAAGGAAACCUUUGAUGACAUGGUGCAUGCUGGCGUAAAACCAGAUGCCCAUGCAUAUUGCAUUCUUGCUAAAGGCUAUGUUAAUGCUAGGGAACCGGAGAAAGCAGAACAGCUCCUAACUGGCAUGGUCAAAUCCGGGGUCCGCCCAAAUAAAGUUUUCUUCUCCACACUCCUUAAAGGAUGGCUCAAUGCAGGGAGAAUGGAGUCCGCAAUUAGUGUUUUCGACAAGAUGUGUGAGGUUGGAAUUUAUCCCGAUUUGAGGACUUUUGACCAAUUAAUUUGGGGUUACGCUGAAGCAAACCAGCCGUGGAAAGCAGAAGAAAUGCUCCAUCGCAUGGAAAGUUUCGAAGUCCAGGCCGAGAAAUCCGCUCUCAAGCAGGUUGCAAAAGCUUUGAAACCUAAUGCUGUUAUUUACAACACAUUGGCAAUAGCUUAUGCUCGAAAUGGAUUGACGUGUCGGGCAGAAGGUAUGAUUCCAGAGAUACAGAACCACAAUGUGCAACCGAAUGAACGAUUGUGUGAUACAAUUGUAGGCGGAUAUAUAAAAGAAGGCAAAAUCGAGGAAGCAUUGAGGUUUGUUCACAGGAUGAAGGAUCUUGGAGUGCAUCUUGAACUUGUUCGUUUCAAUUCCCUCCUCAAAGUAUUUCUUGGCAUGGCUUAUAGAGAAGGGGCUCAUGAGGUUCUGACAUUGAUGGAAGAAUUUGGAGUCAAACCAGAUGUGAUUACGUUUAGCCACAUUAUGAAUGCCUGGAAUGCUGCAGGACUACCAGACGAGUGUAGGGAAAUCUUUGAUGUCAUGGUGAAUGCUGGCAUAGAACCUGAUGUCCAUGCAUAUGGAAUUCUUGCCAAAAGCUAUGUCCAUGCACGUGAACCUGAGAAAGCAGAACAGCUCCUAGCAGGCAUGGUCAAAUUGGGGGUCUACCCAAAUACAGUGAUCUUGAAUACAAUCAUCACUGGAUGGUGCACUGUUGGGAAAAUGGAGUCUGCAAUGAGGGUUUAUGAGAUGAUGGGCGAGUCUGGAAUUUCUCCGGCUUCCAAUACUUUUGAAAUUUUAGUUUGGGGAUUUAGUAAAGCAAAGCAACCGUGGAAAGCAAAAGAAACGCUCCUUCUCUUGGAACAACAUUACAAAUCCGAUUCCAAGCGGGUUUCAGAAGAUGUGCAGAAUACAUGUCAGAAUCAUUCUAUGAGUUCCUCUUAUCCUAAUGGGCUACAUGUUCCUAGUGCAGUGGUAACUGGUCAGAAAGGAUCAGUUGCCUCAACGAAAAGAAGUCGGCUGGUGUUGAGAAAAGCUGAAGUUUCCUCAGAGAGCCUGUGGAGUUCCGCAAAAUCCAAGCAUUCUUCUUGUAAAUUUGGAGAAAAAUUGCUUGUUAUUCCUAUAUUCACUUCACAAGUGAGGGUAACCCUCACUUGAUGACCCUAUUCAACGUAGCUAACAGUUUACUUGACUAGUGCAAAUUUGUUGUCCCACCAUGUGUAUUUGCUUACUGUUGUACAAUGGAUCAUAUUUUUGAGACAGAUAAGUGGCAUUUGAAUCUACAAAGAAACUAUUGAAAAUGUUGUUAUUGA